AUGAAAUGGCUACAUUGGAGUCUUUGUAUUCUCUUCAGGUGGACCGAGGCCUCGGUCUUUCGGCCCAACGGCGACGCGGCGGCCUGGCUGCUGUGGAACCAUCCCACGGCCAUUUUUGAUCCUCCAUACUGCGCUGUGUCGACCACCAUGGUGAUCAAUGACAUUGUGUUGUCGGCGCAGGAUGUGGUCGCAAUGACAGGCGAUUGCAUGGGUGAUCUGGAAUCUCCACCUGACUGUGCUGCAGAUAUUACGGACUUUAUAGCCAAUAUUUUAGAUGCAGCACAGGGCGCGGCUGCCAUGGCCACAGCGUGUGCUGGCGAAAUCAGCGACUGUGAACAAUUGACGAUCGAUGCGGCAGAGAUGUUCACCACCUUGGCGUCAUACCUGGUGGGCGCAUCGACCAACUGCGACGUUGAUGCCUUCUUGUGUACCAUCAACUUGGUUGAUUCCAUUAAGGUCAUCUUUGGCGCGGCCACGGACAUUCAAUCUGCAGUCGAUACCUGUCCCAAGGACAGCGCUCUGAUGAAAUAUAUCAAGACCUACGCCUAUCCUGACUGGCAUGGUUGGGAAUGGAUCUCCCGUCGACUAACUGCAGGCAGAAUGAAUGCAACCAGUGAUGGUCUCAACGCUCGAGGGGAAGACACACCUGUGCCGAGGAGGAUGGGCAUUGUAGAUGAAACCGUUCCAGGACCUAUCAUUGCAGCGGAUGACCCCGGGUUGGUCCGCGUGGGCAGCGCCAUUGCAGUUCCACGCAGCGAGCAACUGCUUCGGAUCAGCCAGAAGGGUGCUCGAAGACUGGCCGAGCUCGAGGCCGUUGAGGUGCCAACGUUGCAAGAUGUGGACAUUGAUGUUUGGCAUCUUCUUGAUUAUCAGCAGGAGAUGCACGGGGAGAUGGCCUUUGAGUAG